CGUUGCUUGUCUUGCCCCUUCGACAUGCUGACUUUCUUCUACUGGCGGCAUCGCCCUACUAGUUGACAACAAACCAAGCACCCCACGACCCAAACAUCCACUGACCCAUAUAUCCAUACAUGGCUUCAAUAACCCGAUCGAGUCGGGCCAUCGCCACUCGACUUGUUACGUCGUCGCCCCGUCAUGGACGCCCUACUCACUUUCACCACCACGCCCCCGCCCCCAUCCAAGUGGGCCAGGAACAGCAACAUCAUAGUCCAUCUUCUCCACGACCUCUCCCUCUUUCCCCCUUUGGAGCGGUGGUCGUCGCCGGUACCACCGCAUUAAGCAUGGGCGUGAUGAUGAGUCCCGAUGCUGCCCAUUCCCGUGCUGCGUGCAUCUUACCGCCCCCCCCGAUAAUUUCCCCAAAGUUUCAAACGACCACCGCUGCGGAUUGGGAUCUGGCAGACGAGAUUGGCUCAGGCGCGUUUGGCGUCGUCCGCCUUGGCAUCCGUCGCACGACGGGGGAAGUGGGGGCCAUCAAGAUGCAAAAAGACGCACGGGAACCGUCCAUGCAGCGCGAACUGGAUGCACUGCAGCGAAUCAAAGCCAAAGGGGGGCACAAGAACAUCGUGGACCUGAAGGACGUGUUCGAGCACAACGGACACACGUGCAUCGUCACCGAAUUUGUCUCAGGGGGCGAGUUGUUUGAGCACAUUGUCCGGUACGGCGCGUUUGAAGAACCGCGAGCGCGAAAGAUGAUGCAGGACAUUGUCGAAGGGGUCGCUUUCCUGCACGACCAUGGCCUUGUCCACAAAGACUUGAAGCCUGAAAACGUCCUCCUGCGCUUUAGCGAUAAGCGUGACGACAACCCCGCGACGCUUGUCGACUUUGGCAGCGCGGGGCCGGCCUCGCGAGUUCUGGACACCGACAUUGGUACGACUGUGUAUUUGCCACCGGAGGUGCUGCGGCGGGGUGGGGUGUGCACUCCCGCUGCCGACGUAUGGGCCAUGGGCUGCAUCUUGUACAUCGUGCUGACAGGUCGUCAUCCGUUCGACAUUGACGGCACAGCCCCGGAAAAGACGAUUGAAAGUCGCAUCCGAAAGGGCCACGUGUCAUUUAAGCACGCAGCGUGCCAACAUUUGUCGAGUGAUGCCAAGGAUUUGAUCCGUCACAUGCUCCAAAAAGACCCCGAGAUGCGACCAUCGGCCAAGCAAGUAUUGGCGCAUCCGUGGAUGACGCAACAACAUCAGUUGGUACUCGAUAUUGUCAUGAUGGGCGCAGCGACCGUCGCCACCGACAACAGCCAAACACGCUCGAAGAAACCGUUAAUGCUGUAGUAAGAACAUCACAAUAGUAUUUGAUGGGCAUUGUGGCAUGGGACAUCUGCUG